AUGAUUUCCUUUUCCUUUGCUGCAUAUCCAUUCACAGCAAGCAAGCAAGCAAGCAAGCAAGCAAGCAAGCAAGCAAGCAAGGUCACUUUAGUCACUUCGGGAAUGCAUCCGUUUGAUACCUUUCGCCAAAGGCACGGAGGAUAAGGGGUAUUUUUUGGAAAGUUUAGUGAGAAAGAGAAAGGAAUUGAGGUUGAUAGGGGGCACGGAUGGUGGCCCUGCAAACGGUCACCGGUACCCUGACUUUUUUUUUUUUUUUUUUUGGUCGAAUGCAAAUGCCCUCCCAGCAUCGAUCCCCACACAAGCACACAUCCCACCGAACUGCAUUUCCAUUCUUCUCGCGCGUCUUGUGCCUGCCUACUGACGGGGCACAUAGCAAGCAAGCAACAAGCAACCCUAAUCCCAUCAUCAUCAUCUACCUAUCUAUGUCACCCAUCUCACCCCACCCCUUCUCCGGCGGCGGCAGCGGCAACUUGCCCAAAAGCUGCGUUGCCGCUGGUGGUGGCAUUCUGCUCACGCCAUGCCCUGUCCCUGUCCGGCAAUUGCAGGGCAGCCCAACCCAGCCAAGCCAGGCAAGGCAAGCCGCCACGGUCGCACUGCGCCGACGUCAUUCUGGCUGCGGCGGGCGGACAGCCAAUGGAGCGGGCGCGCUUGGGCGCCUGCCCGUUUGGGCUAGCGUAAGUUAUGCCGACUGACGACCGCCCGCUUUGCCCUGCCCUUGGAAUGCCCUUCCUAGAGUACCUAUCUGUGUUCGGUGCCCUGCCCUGCCCUGCCCUGCCUUGCCUUGCCUUGCCUACAUACCUUGCUUUGCUUUGCUUUGCUUUGCUUUG